AUGACUUCGACACCAGAGAGCUACCUCAAGACCGACGGCACAGCCAGCCCCAAUCACCGUGAGCACCACCAUCAUCACCGACCUCAUAUCCACGGUCACGGCAGGCGCUUCCUGGAGUUUGUUCAUCCUCAUACAGGGAAAACAUUGCAUGUUUGCCGUGAUCCCCUACACUUAGAACAAAAGCGGAACGAGUUACUCCGGGAGAAGUCCCUCGACGAAUUUGAUGUCAUUCUUCAAGGCUCUGCCGAGCACGUGGAGGCCAUUCGCGAAUUACACGCCCAUCAUGAAUCGCGACGGGACGAACUAAUGAAUCACCACGGAGACCUGUAUUCAGAUAUCGAACAUGUCAAAUCCGAAUUGGACGCUCUUGCCGCUGAGUUGCAUCAAGUAACUGCCCAUGCCGUGUCUCUCGAUGCGUCGUUUGAUCGCUACGGGUACUCAGCACAUCUCAGGACCAAAGACGAAGAUUCCGAGACGACCUCGGUCCACAGCGGUCACCCUUCCGCCAGCGACAAGCACAAGGACCGUUCAACUGAGGCUCUCAAAUUUAUUCGACGACCCGUCAUCCGACAAUAUUUCCAUAAAGGGCUCCUCUGGAGAUCCGCCAAAGCCGGAGAGGUGGCUUCAUUCGAGCUAUUCGUUGAUCUAGUGUACGUCGGUGUGAUUGAUAUCGUGGGUGAAAGAGCCGUUGAGCAUCCCGAUGGACUGUCGCUCCUUCAUUUCGUCAUCAUCUUCUCCGUUGCUUGGAAGAUCUGGUCCGACUUAACCAUGAUCAUCAACCAUUUCGAGAUUGAUGACAUCUUCCAAAGGGUCAACGUUAUUUUCUACCUCGUCUGUCUUUUCGGCUUCACAACGAACAUUGCAUACGCAUUUGAGUCGACCUACACCUCCGCCAUCGCAUUCUAUAUUACUCAAAGGUUGUUCGGGGCGAUAUGGUAUCUCAGCGUGGCAAUUCUGCUUCCGACUAUCCGUGGGGCGAUGGUGAGUCUGGCAGUCAUGGUUGUCAUCUCCGUCGUGAUCUGGAUUGGAAGCAUCCACGUGGAAUGGCCGAAUCAACUGGCGUUGAUUUUCAUUGCUCUUGCAGUUGACAUCUUUGGCGGCAUACUAUUGGUUUACAUUAUGAAAGAAGCAGGUCGGAAUACUUUCAUGAAGCCGAUUGCAAAAUGGUUUGAAUUCUUUCCUGCCGUCAACAUCGAACACCGCGUUGAGCGCAACAAUGCAUUUGUAUCAUUGGUCUUUGGCUAUUCUAUCCUCACCAUUCUAUUUCAAUCCAAAGCUUCGUUUGGAAUCAAUGCAUUUUUUGGCAAAGGAGUCCUUGGUUUAAUCCAGGCAUUUACGUUUAAUUGGAUCUACUUUGAAAUUGACGCAUAUUUCGUACACGUUCACGCUAUAAGAAGGCACUGGCUUAGUAGUACGGUGUGGACAUCGGCACAUCUGCCAUUCAUCAUGGGAUACGUUCUUGCAGCAUCCACGCUUUCACAACUAGUACUCGCUCAUGAUUGUGAUGACGCCAAUCCAGAGGACCUGGGAGAGCAUUACGAGGAAAGAAGCGAACCAAUGGUUAGCGACGCGCUCCGAUGGUUCUACUGUGGCGGCCUGGGAAUCGCGUUAAUCUCAAUGGCUCUGAUUUCAUUCUGUCACAUUCACAAGAGACUGGCGAAGACCCGGCUCCGCAAGCGACCACGACUGAUGAUUCGGGUCGGAGUGGCCACCAUCAUCAUCUGUCUUCCCCUCGCGGAUUCGCUGACAUCGUUGGACCUGAUUUCAAUCACGACUACGCUAGUGCUUUUCGUUCUUGUCCUGGAUCUUUUCGGGAAUUCAUGCGAGGGCGACAAAUUCUGGACGGGCGGAUUUUGUCCCGAGGAAAAGAGAAGGUGUGUCUAUUCUGCCCACUGCAAACUGGGCCGACGUCGGCGACAGGAGAUCGAAAGUGCAUUGAAACGCGGGGAGAAGGUCUCUCUAACUGAUCUCUUGAAGAGAAACUCGAGCAUGAGCAGCACGGAGAGCGAGCAAAGCAGGGACGAAGAGUGGCAAGGUGGUCAUUACUAA